CCGGUUGUAGAGGAGGCGGCGCCGCCGAGCGGCCAUUCUAAGUUUUAGGGCUUGGCGAAGUGGGGCUAUUUGCUUUGGCGAUGGCAGCUAGCGGGAUUUCAAAUGUGCGCGUGGUAGUGGUCGGGGAUCCUGGAACAGGGAAGUCCAGCCUCAUCGUCGCCGCCGCGGCGGAAUCUUUCCCCGACAAGGCGCCGCCAGUGCUGCUGCCGACGAAAUUGCCGCCAGAUUUUCUUCCGGAUCGGGUUCCUCUUACCAUCAUCGACACUCCAUCCAGGCCAGAGGAUCGAGAACUCGUUGAGCAGGAAUGCAAGAAGGCCGACACGAUCGUGCUUACUUAUGCUUGCGACCAGCCUUCCACUCUGGAGAGUAUCCAGACGUAUUGGCUUCCGGAGCUUCGAGCUCUCGAGGUGAAAGUUCCGAUCAUCGUGGUGGGGUGUAAGCUCGACUUGAGACAGGACAAGGAGCCAAUGCUGGAGCAAGUCAUGGCUCCUAUCAUGCACGACUUUCGCGAGAUUGAGACAUGCAUCGAGUGCUCGGCGUUGAAACGAAUACAGGUUUUAGAGGUUUUCUAUUACGCCCAGAAAGCCGUGUUACAUCCCACUGCACCACUCUUCGAUCAAGAGACGCAAAGCUUAAAGCCCAAGUGCAUCCGAGCUCUCAAGCGGAUUUUUAUUCUCUGCGAUCACGACCGCGACGGGGCUCUGAAUGACUCUGAGCUGAAUGACUUUCAGGUCAGAUGUUUCCAUGCGCCUCUUCAACCUCCGGAGAUUGUUGGGGUGAAAAAGGUUGUCUCCGAAAAAAUGCCGGAGGGUGUCAGUGAGAAUGGCCUCACCUUGACCGGAUUUCUUUUCCUUCACGCACUGUUCAUUGAGCGAGGCCGUCUCGAGACUACGUGGACGGUUCUACGCAAGUAUGGGUACGAUGACGAGCUGAAGUUGAGGGAGGAUUUGCUACAAAAUCCUUCUUUUAAACGUGCUCCUGAUCAAAGCGUGGAGCUCACCGAAAGGUGUCUCGACUUUUUGAAAGGGGUGUUCGCUGCUUUUGACAUGGACGGAGACGGUGCCUUGAGGCCACAGGAGAUUGAGGAGCUAUUCUCUACGGCACCUUCGAACCCUUGGGAGGAAGACCUUUCCGAAGGCAGUGUUGAAGUGAACGCGAUGGGUGGCGUGACGUUGAACGGAUUCUUGUCUCAGUGGUCCCUUAUGACGUUGCUGGAUCCUGUGAAAAGUCUGGGCCACCUGAUCUACAUCGGGUACCCGGCGGACCUUACGUCAGCGUUUAGGAUUACUCGCCGGAGGCGAUUGGACCGAAAAAAGCAGCGCUCUCAGCGCACUAUUUUCCAGUGCUACGUGUUUGGCCCAAGAGGUGCUGGAAAAUCUGCGCUGCUAAAUGCUCUCAUCGGGAGGCCUUUCGCUGACACGUCUCGCUCAACAGAGGAGGAUAGAUUUUCUGCUAACAUCGUCGAACAGACCAGGGGGACGAAAAAGACACUCGUCUUGAGAGAGAUUCCAGAAGAGCAAGUGGCUAAUCUCAUGCAAACCAAGGAUGCUUUAGCUCCUUGUGACGUCGCAGCGUUCGUGUAUGACAGCUCCGAUGAUGCCUCCUGGGAACGUGCCUCGGAGAUCCUUGUAAAGGUGACGGCGCUUGGCGAGCACAGUGGAUAUGAAGUUCCCUGUCUUCUCAUAGCGGCUAAAGACGACCUGGAGCCAGAUCCUCUUGCCAUCCAAAACUCUGCUCGGGUGUGCACAGACAUGGGCGUGGAAGCUCCAAUCGCAGUGAGCAUGCGGCUGGGAGACAUUGGCAACUUGUUCCGCCGGAUCGUGGACGCUGCGGAGCGUCCGCAUCUGAGCAUCCCCGAGACGGAGGCUGGCAAGAGCCACAAGAGCUUCAACCGUAUAGUCAAUCGCUCGCUCACCAUAACUGCAGUCGGGGCAGCACUGGUGUUCUUUGGAAUCGCCGCAUAUAAAACUUACGAGUACAGGAGGAGAUCUUCGUCGAGUUGAUCGUGAUAUGCUCACCCAAAAAGAUGAUAUAUCAGUGAAUCACGAGAAUAUAUAUUCUUUUGAGGAGCGUUGUUUUUCAAAGGCCCGGGGAUUCGAUGAUAAUGGGAAGAGAGGUAGACAAAAGUUUCUAUACAAAAGUUUUUGCAGUUUACUGCCUCUUUUUAUAUGCAAAAUUGGACAUUUGUUU